ACCCGUAUCACACUUGGCCUCUCUUCUCUCUCUGUCUUCCAUCGCCAGCGGCCGCAUUCAAGAACAAACAAAAGGGUUGUUAUACAGAGAGACGAAGGAGAACCCACCCAUAUAUAUAUAUGAUACGUAGUUUUGUGAUUUAUGCUAAUGGAGAAAAAAGUUCUUGAUUACGUUUUAGUCCCUUCGGGCCUUUUUGUGAUGGUGACGUACCACCUAUGGCUUCUCUAUCGAAUCCUGAAGCACCCCAACAGGACUGUCAUCGGCAUCAAUGCCGUCAAUCGCCGGUUCUGGGUCCGGGCUAUGAUGGAGGACGUGUCGAAGACUGGCGUUCUGGCUGUGCAGACACUUCGAAACAAUAUAAUGGCAUCGACCCUUUUGGCUUCCACGGCUAUAAUGCUUAGCUCUGUAAUUGCCGUCUUGAUGACGAGCGGCAGCUGGGACAAAUCGGCACUUCUUGUGUUGGGAGACACAAGCCAGCUCGGCUUCUCCAUAAAAUUCUUCUCCAUAUUGGUUUGCUUCUUGGUUGCUUUCAUGUUUAAUGUGCAGUCUAUAAGGUGCUACAGCCAUGCAAGCAUCCUCAUCAACGUGCCCUUCAAGAAGAUGUCAUCGGAUCACCAUUACCGACAUCUCUCAGCAGAGUAUGUUGCCAGCAUGGUGAACAGGGGAAGCUAUUUCUGGUCUGUAGGCCUGCGUGCCUUCUACUUUUCUUUCCCUCUCUUCUUGUGGAUCUUUGGGCCCAUCCCCAUGUUCUUGUCCUGCUUAGUCCUCGUUUUCUUGCUCCAUUUCCUCGAUGCCACAUUAGAAUCUGGCUGGGCUGCUGCUGUUUCUGAUGUUGACCUCCACAAUGACUACGAGCUUGGGGCAGGAGAACCUUGAAAUUCGUCUUACUUGUCCGAAUUACUAUCGAUUUGAAAGAUUUUAAAUAAAUUUUAGGUUGCUCGGACAGGUGAGUUUCGUAUAGGAUCUCUCACAUUAUCGGUAUAUAGGGUAGCGUAUGGCAUGUAAUAGCUAGCAACAAGAUUAGAUGAAAAGAAAAAGAGUAUGGGAAGAGAAUACAAGCAAUUUCAGUUCAACUCAAGUUGAAUUGAGUUGCACAUCAAGUUGUUACAUAUAACUUGUAUCUCAAACAAGCGUACCAUUUUGGCAUGCUGUGUUAAUUUAGUGUUUCUUUAUAAUAUGUUCGAUUAUGC